GCUCAGUCUCCGCGUCGCGCUCCCCAUCGCCCCGCUACCGCCGCUGAAGCCCGAAGCACCGGAGUCCCGCAGAACCUGACCACGGCCUGCCGCGACCACCUUGGCCCGGCCCGGGGACGUCGCCUCAGUCACGAUGGGGCUCCUGCCCAAGCCCGUAGCGCGCCAGGGCAGCGGCACCUCCUCUGUCCCAGCCAGAGGUUGCUCCCGUUCGGUCUUCAGCAACAUUAAGGUAUUCGUGCUUUGCCAUGGCCUGCUACAGCUCUGUCAGCUGCUCUACAGUGCCUACUUCAAGAGCAGCCUCACCACGAUCGAGAAACGCUUCGGGCUCUCCAGUUCUUCCUCCGGUCUCAUCUCCAGUUUGAAUGAGAUCAGCAACGCUACCCUCAUCAUCUUUGUCAGCUACUUUGGCAGCCGAGUGAACCGCCCACGGAUGAUCGGCAUAGGGGGUCUCCUCCUGGCUGCAGGGGCCUUUGUCCUCACUCUCCCACACUUUCUGUCAGAACCCUAUCAGUACACCUCAACUACGGCUGGAAACAGCAGCUUUCAGACCGACCUCUGUCAGAAGCAUUUGUCAGACGUGCCCCCCAGUAAGUGCCACAGCACCGUGCCUGAUACCCAAAAGGAGACCAGCAGCAUGUGGGGCCUGAUGGUAGUUGCUCAGCUGCUGGCCGGCAUUGGCACGGUGCCCAUUCAGCCAUUUGGGAUCUCCUAUGUGGACGACUUUGCAGAGCCUACCAACUCGCCUCUGUAUAUCUCCAUCUUAUUUGCUAUCGCCGUGUUUGGACCGGCUUUUGGGUACCUGCUGGGUUCAGUCAUGCUGAGAAUCUUCGUGGACUAUGGCAGAGUGGACACGGCUACAGUGAACCUGAGCCCAGGUGACCCUCGGUGGAUCGGAGCCUGGUGGCUGGGCCUGCUCAUCUCCUCAGGCUUCUUGAUUGUCACCUCUUUGCCCUUUUUCUUCUUUCCCCGAGCCAUGUCCAGAGGAGCAGAGAGGUCUGUUAUCGCAGAGGAAACAAUGAAGAUGGAGGAGAACAAGUCAAGAGGCUCCCUGAUGGAUUUCAUUAAACGGUUCCCCCGCAUCUUCCUGAGGCUGCUGCUGAACCCACUCUUCAUGCUGGUGGUCCUGAGCCAGUGUACCUUCUCCUCAGUCAUCGCUGGCCUCUCCACAUUCCUCAACAAGUUCCUGGAGAAGCAGUACGGUGCCUCAGCAGCCUAUGCCAACCUCCUCAUUGGUGCUGUAAACCUUCCAUCUGCGGCCUUGGGGAUGCUAUUUGGAGGAAUUCUCAUGAAGCGGUUCGCUUUCCCUCUGCAAACCAUCCCCCGAGUAGCUGCCACCAUUAUGACCAUCUCCAUGAUCCUAUGUGCCCCUCUCUUCUUUAUGGGAUGUUCCACACCAGCCGUGGCUGAGGUCUACCCUCCCAGCACAUCAAGUUCUAUACAUCCACAGCCUCCUGCCUGCCGCAGGGACUGCUUGUGCCCAGAUUCCAUCUUCCAUCCUGUCUGCGGAGACAAUGGAGUCGAGUACCUCUCUCCCUGCCACGCCGGCUGCAGCAGCCUCAACAUGAGCUCAGCAGCUUCUAAGCAACCAGUCUAUCUGAACUGCAGCUGUGUGACUGGAGGGUCCACGUCGGCCAAGACAGGCUCAUGCCCCACAUCCUGUGCGCAGCUGCUGCUCCCAUCCAUCUUCCUUAUCUCCUUUGUGGCGCUCAUUGCCUGUGUCUCCCACAACCCGCUCUACAUGAUGGUCCUACGAGUGGUGAACCAGGAUGAAAAGUCAUUUGCCAUUGGGGUGCAGUUCUUGUUGAUGCGUUUGCUGGCCUGGCUGCCAGCUCCAUCCCUUUAUGGCCUCCUCAUUGACUCCUCCUGUAUCCGGUGGAACUACCUAUGCUCAGGGAGACGAGGGGCCUGUGCAUAUUAUGACAACGAUGCUCUCCGAAACAGGUACCUGGGCCUACAGGUGGUCUACAAGGCCUUAGGAACACUGCUGCUCUUCUUUAUCAGCUGGAGGGUGAAGAAGAACAGGGAAUACAGCCUGCAGGAGAAUACCUCGGGCCUCAUCUGACCCGCAGCUGGGACUACUGCCCUGCCCCAGAGACUGGAUCCUACCCCCUCCAUGCCUGCCUGUCCUCUUAAUGUUAACAUGCCUUCCUCCCCUCUUCUUCCUCCUUUUCCUCAUGUCUCUCUCAUACACACACAUACACACACAUACACACACACACACACACACACACACACUAGAGAAGAGAGAGAGAGAGAGAGAGAGAGAGAGAACAUUCACUCACUUUUUGCCUCACCUGCCUCUUCCUCCUAAAGUCUCCCCAUGGUUCUUAAGGCCUGAUGUGUACUGAGCUGAAUGGGCACUGGGCUGGAGAGUUUAGUUUCUCAAAGUCCUUGGAAGGGAUCCCCGACACAGGCAGCCUUUCCUCAGACUGGCUCUUCUAACAAGAUGCCCACAGUAAGGCAGCCUCUGUUCUCACCAGUCUCUCAGGAAUACUUAAGUGGAGUGAGGAAAGGGAGUCUUGCCUUCCGUGCCAGGCAGCCCAGCUCUCCUCUGCCUCUGCCCAUACUCAGCAGCGAGGAACAGGAGGAGCAGGUGGUUGGUUUCAUAUCAGCUACAACUGGGCUAAGGGAGCUGGCUGUGGCCACUGUUCAUCUGGAUUCAGACUAGCAUGGAACUCAGGAGGGAUUGUCUCCCCUUACUUUCCCAUUUUCUGCCCUCGAGGCUGAUUUGGAACCCACCAUUUUGGGAAGUAUGGCCCUCUCUUUAUACUACACCCUGGUAUCAAAGCAGGAACGAAGGAACUAACAAAGCUAGAUCAACCAAAUACUGUUCAUAGGAACCUGAGGCCUACUCUCCUGUCAGCAUAUGCUUCCUUCUGCCUUUCAAACUAACAAAGCCACAAGGAGCCCAUGUAAGGAGGGCCCCAGUCUCCCACCCUCACAGUGGAGAUAAGGCCUUCCCCCUUCAGAGAGACACAAAUGGCCAUUUCUACCAUGCCCCGGAAACAGAGUGGCCUCACGUGAGCUUUGCUGUCUGGACUUCAGCUCAUGUGCAGAGGAGUAAAGGGGGACCACCUGAGAUGCAGUCAGAGCAAGAGAUGGAGCAGAGUGGCUGCCACCUGUCACUGUGCUGGAUAGCAAGUUACAGCCAGCCCACAAAGAGGGCAGCCAGGUUGACUGGUUUGCAAACACAUUAUCUUCAUUGGCGUUUUCUCAGCUUCUCCUCACUACCCCUGGGUGGAGGUGGGCUCCUUCUGUGGGCCUGGGCUGGGGGCCACCCAUGCUAUGUGAUGGAGAGGCAAAGGCAGAGGCCCAGGAAAUAAGGCCUUUUACCAACGAUUCUGUUUAUCAGAGACUGCCUUGGUUCUUGGCAGUGAUACUAUAUGGUUCUCUGAGAGCUCCCCUGAAAAUCUCACCUCUGUUCACACUAGGGCUUCCUCCCAGAGAGCGCUCGGUGGGCAGCAAGGACACACUCACACAUUUGCCAAGCAUAUCAAGUACCCAAAGGUUGGCAGAAAAGCUCCUGGGCUGACCACCCAUGCGUAUCCUUUAGGGCUCCACCAGAUUGACUGUGUGCCUGAGAUGGAGAGCUGGCUCCCCGGGUCCCUGAAGCAGCUAGGCAAUUGACAUUGCCCUAUGUGACAUUUAAGUGCCUUUCAGAAAUGCCUUAUAUGGUGAGAAGCCAAAUGGUUUAUGUUGGUGUGGCAAAGCUCCUUGUGAGACUGAAGCCUUCACGGAGCCUUUGUUACUGGCAGCGCUCUUUCUGAAGCCACCGGGCUCACUUCCACAGAUCUUAUUAAAGAGGAGGCUCCACACAACCUCAUGGGCCAGUUUCAGCAUGCUCAAAUGGUUCUGCUUGGAACAUGAUUCUCUGCGACUAACCCUGGGCUUACUCAUUGCAAUUUAACCAGAUUCUGAAGGCAUGGCCUUCAACCAACGUCUCGAACAAUGAAUGCCAAUCUUCCGUUUCUGAAAGAUUGGCUGUCCCCACAAGCCUUUAUCCCGUUAUAUUGCUAUUAAUAUAUUAUAAUUCUGUUAUGGGUGUAAGUUGGUUGUGAAUUUGUGAUGUCAUGGCUCUAUCAGAGAGCAGACAGAAUUUGUGCCUUUUAGACAAAGAAGUAGCCAUGCUUCAACCGCUAGAGGCCUGCAGCCAAGGGCACUAGAGGCUGCGUCAUUCUCAAGCCACUUGCCUGGUGCUGAGCAGACCCCAGGCAUUGCUGGUUGUUGUGUGGGCCCUUGUGCUUUCUGUGCAGAUCAAUGUCAAAGACUCAAGGGAAUGGGCUUUUGGAAGGCCCAGUCACUGCCCCUGACUUCAUAUCCAGAAGUGGGCUCAGUCACAAACAUUAUAUCCAUGAAUACCACAGUCAUAAUUGAUCAUUUACCACUGUCUAGCAAAUCUUGCCUCUCAAAUGCCAAAGGGGCUUUAAAGAUCUCACUUUUUUUUUUUUCAAUUAAAGAGCAAAGUGUCACAGACGUCCUUGAGUAUAGCAUGCUCAAGAUUACUAUUAAAAUACAGGAACACUGGGGCUGGAAAGAUGGCUCAGUGGAUAAGAGCAUGGGAUGUUCUUCCAGAGGUCCUGAGUUCAAUUCCCAGCAACCACAUGAUGGCUCCCAGCAUCUAUAAUGGGAUCUGUUGCCCUUUUUUGGCGUGCAGGUGUACAUGGAGUUAGAGUACUCAUAUGCAUUUUUUUAAAAUGCAGGAACACCCUUCACAAAGCCUGAGUCCCUUUCUGUGACUGUAAAAAGAAUCCAGAAACUCCACGUUCCAGGGAGAUGAAGGUGUGUUGUAGGUCACCCAUGCAUAGAGCCAAAUCAUGAGAAUUAAUCACCAAAGGUGCCUUUACAUCAUAGUAGGUCUUUGGACUCUUCUCCUUGCUUCUCUAUGGAGUUUAGAACCCCUGUAGAGUCUGACUCAGGGUCAGUGCCCUGUUCCUGGACACAACCACAGCUAUAUCAUUCCCUGCUGCCCCACCCAACCUAGGAAACCCUUCCCUCUUUACUACCCCAUCUUUCUUGCGAUAUGCAACCUCACAAAGAGGGAUCAGAGAACCAGGAAAUAAAAGGUUUGCCAUCCUUUGGAA